AUGAAUGCUCGGGACCAAGAAAACCACGGUUCCGGCGAUAAAACCGACCAGUUGUGCGAUUUCUGUGAAGAAUCGUUAGCUUUACUCUACUGCCGCGCCGACUCGGCCAAGCUCUGCUUCAUCUGCGACCUCGAGGUACACUCCACAAACCCGCUCUUCAGGAAGCACGUGCGGUCCCUCCUCUGCAAUUCGUGUAGUUCCUCUCCGUCCUCGAUCUUCUGCUGCACCGAAUCCGCCGUUCUCUGCCAGAACUGCGACUGGGAGACCCACCGGGGCUCCGGGUCGAUCCACGAUCGGAGGCCGGUCGAGGGUUUCAGCGGGUGCCCUUCCGUGAGCGAGCUGUUGGGUUUUCUAGGGUUGGAGGAUUUGGGGAAAAAAGGUCUGGGCCUUGGUGGUGGUGGGCGGGACGAGGAUCUGUGGGAUUUUCUGGUUUGGGAGACUCCAUCGGUCGUGAGCCUGGAUGAUUUGGUGGUUGCCGGUGAUUGUGUGGACGGUGGCCGGAGUUUUCAGGCUAUUGGGGUCCCACCUUUGCCAAAGAACCGUAAUGCGGCAUGUGGCAAACACAAGGAAGAAGUAUUUCGCCAACUUCGUGAGAUGGCGAAAAAUGAUCCAUACUUUACUGGUUCUCUCGAAGACCUCAAACUCCAUGUUGGAAUUCAGUCGAAAUUACCUGAAAAGUGCCAGUUGUUGGAUAGUAUUCCUCCCCUUGGGAACAAAACGGAGCCAAUAUCAGCUUCUUCUUAUGAGGCAAAUGUACCAAAUUGGUCCGAUUUCGCUAGUGGGGUUAUGGACGAAAGCUUUGAUCCAAUGGUCCUUAAUGGCUUUGACGAGAUGAACCAUUUGGUGCCUGACAAAGAUUUGAACAACAUUGAAGAUAAAAGUGUUGCAGAUGAAGUUCUUGAAAUGCAUUGGCACAAUCCUCUCGAUUUCAAGGCUCCCCAAGUGCUUCAUGUAGGGGGAGCUCGUGAAUUGAACGCUCAAGAGCGGGACUCGGCAAUUUUGCGGUACAAAGAGAAAAAGAAAAUUAGGAGAUAUGACAAGCACAUUAGAUUGUUUGGGUCAAAGGAAACAAUUGUGGCGAAAAGGGUCAAAGCGGUUGUCUUGAAACUAAAGCAACGAAAAAUCACGAGGGACAAAACUACAAGUGUGGGUGAUAAAGAAAUAGCUGCACCAAAGCAAUCGGCAUCGAAAGUCGAUCUGGAUGAGAGUAGAAUGAAAGAAUGGGAAAUCUCUGACCUGGCGGUUGGCGGAUGA